AAACGAUAGAGCCUGACAUUGCGACGCAUCAUGCUGCCUCAAGCGUUCCUCACGAAGCAAAAUAGGAAGCGUUCCCGAUCUGGCGAGCUCAAAUCGAGUCAGAACGAUGACUCUGCUGUUGUAAAGCAAUCGGCAAAGCGUAAAAAGAACGUCGAUAGUCUCAAGUGGAAAAAUGCCGACAUCCCAAUCUUUAGCGGCGAUAUGGAUGGCUUUAUGGGGCUCGAAGAGCUGGAUGGUGUCGACGUGAAAGUGCAAGAUGGAAGAGUGCAGUUCAUGACGGAUAACGGUGAAGCGGCAAGCUCGAGUGGAUCUGCGUCUGGGGAUGAGCUUGACGAUGAGUUCACAGGUUUUGGGGCUAUCGAGGAGAAAGCAUUGGUCAAGAAGCCCAAGAAGGUCAAGACUACUGAGGUACGAUCAGCAAAAGCGCCUGUGAAUGCUUUUGACCUGCUUGAAGAGGCCGAAGAAGUAGACUUGCCAAAUUGGCAGCCAUUCAACCUUUCUGACAAGCUUCUUCGAGCUAUACAAAAACUGGGUUACAAUAAGCCAAUGCCCAUCCAAGCACAAGCACUGCCAUCUAUUGCAGCAGGCAACGAUGUGAUUGGCAAAGCAGCCACGGGAUCCGGUAAAACGCUGGCAUUUGGUCUCCCCAUCCUAGACUAUGCAACGAGCAAGACGACUGAACAGCAUAUCGCUGGUCUCAUUCUUGCACCGACGCGUGAGUUGGCACAGCAGAUUGCACAGCAUCUUGAGGCUGUCGGUCAAUUCUGUGGCUCGUCUGUUGUGACCAUCACAGGAGGGUUGUCAAUUCAAAAGCAAUUGAGGCAAUUGAAACACUCGCCUGAUGUCAUCGUCGCCACACCUGGUCGUCUUUGGGAGAUGAUGUCGACUAACAAGGACGUGCUCGAGAUGGUACAAAAGAUCAAAUACCUCGUCCUGGAUGAGGCCGACAGAGUGCUGCAAGAGGGCCACUUUGAAGAGGUGACCAAAAUCAUCGAGAAGCUAGGAGAUGCCUCCGACCGACAGACUCUCAUCUUUUCAGCGACGUUUCAAAAAGAGCUGCAACGCAAAUUGGGCACAGGCGGGCAUCGAUUCCAAAACAUCAUGACGCAGGAAGAAUCGCUCGAGUUUUUGCUUCACAAGAUUCGCUUUCGCAAACCACCGAGAUUCAUUGAUGUCAACCCAAAUUCUCAGGUUGCGCAGCAGAUUCAACAGAGUGUGAUUGAGUGCCCUCCCAUGGACAAGGAUUAUUACCUGUAUUACAUGUUGUUGCGCUAUCCAAGCCGGACACUUAUUUUCACCAAUUCCAUUUCAGAUGUGCAUCGUCUGGUCACGCUUCUCAAUUUACUCGGCAUCACUGCGCUUGGCCUACACUCAAAUAAGCAGCAAAAGGCACGUCUCAAAUCGAUUGAGCGAUUCAAGGCCAAUGAGAACGCCGUACUCGUGGCAUCAGACGUUGCGGCUCGAGGUCUCGACAUUCCAGCUGUGGAGAUGGUCAUUCAUUAUCACUUGCCGCGUACUGCAGAUCUGUACGUGCAUCGAUCUGGACGAACAGCGCGUGCAGAGCAUACAGGACUGAGUUUACUUUUGUGCUCAUCGACGGAAGUCUCUGCGUUGAAGAAGAUGCUCAAAACAUUGGGCAAUGGCGAGCUCAAAACAUUUCCCCUGGAUCUGGAUCAGCUGGGUCGAACCAAACCAAGAGUCAAUAUUGCUAGAUCAAUUUUGAAGCUUGAAGACAAUGCCAAAAAGCAAAAGUCAAAAGACGGGCAUGCAGGUGCGUGGUUGGCUGAAGCCGCUGAGGAUUUGGGUGUUGAAUUACCAGCGGAAGAAGAUGUUGCACAGCGCAAGGUCAAGUUGCAAGGUAAAGCAUUGCGUUGGCAAUUAAAGCAGGAGUUGGCGAAACCCAUUUCUGGUGGCUUCUCACCUAAGUUCCCAACAAAGGGCGGGAACAUUGCAAAGAGGUUGAUUGAGGGAAAUGUCAGCAAACAAUUUGUCGGUGGAGAGCUGGUGAGCGCCAUAUCACGGCUCAGGAAUUCGGCAUGAACAAUUUGUGUGCAUCACUAGCAUUGCUUCUAGGACAGAUUGCCAACACAGAUUGCUCGUAGCCUGAGGUCUAUCAAGCCCUUACUUCUGACUGGCGAUCACCUCAUUACUGAUGGUCGCGCGGAGCACGAGAAGUGCAGCCAAUUUCGUCGGAUUGUGUUGCUAGUCAUCCUGCGGCUGUAGAAUACGCAGGUGCUUCUUAAAGCCCGACGCGUUCUUUGGUUGUCAAUCUUGGAGAUGCCUUGGAACGCACGAUGGCGGCAUCGCUGCCAUUGCUCCUGACCACAUUUUGUGCAGACUAUGCUGUGCUUCAUCUACGGCAAAUAACUUGCUGCUUAUGCGCUGAGUUUUGCAUCUGCAUGC